AUGUUUAGAAUUAUUUUGGAAAGAAUAGAACAUUCUUUAAAAUUCUCAACAUUACAAGAAGUUGAUUUUGGUGUUGGUUUUAAAACUAAAAUUACAGAAAGGAAAUUUAACCGGAAUUCAAUAGGAGCAAACGAUAUAUUAUUUUUCCAACUUUCAGAAAGACCUGGACAAACAUUAUUUUUUUCAAGUGCUGUUUUUAAACAAUCUAUCAUCAAUGAAUUAAAUCGUUUAAACAAUUAUUUAAAUCGACCAUAUUCAAUAGACAAUGAACCAUUUCCAUUCUCAUUAACGUUUUGA